AAGGGUAUUUUUCAGCUCGUCUGUGCUGCAGUGGCUUAGUCAGCUGCAUUUAUUUAAAGCUAAUGCAGAGAGAGUGCAGGAGCCUCAGUCAGUGCGCGAGUGCCAGUCAGAUCUUCAAGAUGCAGCGUGUCUACGUGCAGAGCAAUGAGCACUUUGAGGUCUUCACCACUGUCCUUGCUCCACAAGGGAGGAUUCGAUACAGAGCAGCAGCUGAAAAGAUGGUAGUGGCGCACAGCUACAAGCCGCACUGGCCAGAUGAGCUGGAGCUGUGCCAGGGUGACGUCAUUCUGGUGCUGUCCAAGCAUGAGGAGGAGAGGUGGUUUGGGCGGCUGCAGGACGGCCAGCAGGGCUACUUCCCCGCCUCCUGUGUGAUGGAGCUGGGCCAGGGGAACGUGCCUGCCAAAGACCUGAGGAGGAUGUUAUCUCUGAGAAGCUCGCCCCGGGACAGUGUUUCAGGUGGUAGAUGUGGAAGUGGACACAGGCUGCAGGCCUUUGGGAGGGGGAGCAGAGGAGGAGGAGGAGGAGGAGCGGGCCUGGAUGGGGGCCAGAGGGAGAGGGAGGGCCUCUUCCUGGUGAUGAGGCCCCAGAUCCCUGUGCCUGUGCCCCCGGUCUCCCAGCCGCAGCCCCAAACACACAGAUCCCCAGGCUUGCUCCAAAGGAUCUUGUCCAAGCGCCGGAAAAAGAGUGAGCGCCAGGGAGCCACCAACGGGGGCUUCGAGGCUGACUGA